CACUCCUCUCUUUCAUGUGUCACUUGUGGUUUUCAUCUGGUACAGUCACACUGUAGCACUACUGGCAGACCUGUGACCCGAGAAAAUAAUGUGCUGCAGCUGAAGAUGGGGGGUAGCGGCUCCAAAUCCAAAGGAUUUUGGCCUUUUUCUGGCUCAAGUAGUACGGACGAUCCAACCAAAGAUGGAAACGAGCAGUCGCUGACGAGAGGCCGAAGUUUCCUGAGUGGAACACCUUUUGUGUUUACUAGACGAAGCUCUAUGUUCUUUGAUGAAGAUGGCGACUUGGCCCAUGAGUUCUAUGAAGAGACAAUUGUGACAAAAAAUGGACGUAAAAAAGCCAAGCUGAAGAGGAUUUAUAAAAAUCUAACACCUCAGGGAAUUAUAAAGCUGGAACACCCUUGCAUCCAUGUAGAUUUCCCAGUUGUCCUCUGUGAAGUCUGAUGAUGUCUGAGGAGCUUCACAUGCUUUCCACUGUGUCAACUCCGUCCUGUGGUUUCCCCUACAGCUGGAAGCCUGAACCACCUUUUAAAAUAACAUGAUCUCUUGAUAUAUUGAUGAUGCCAUUAUGUGUGGACAGGCUGAUGCCUCUGCAUGUGAUCUGUUUUUGGCUUGUGUGCAGUUAGACACAAAAUAGGUCACCAACGGAGAUCUCAAGAGGGUGCCAAAAUGGCUAAAUCUACCCAGUUUACAGGUCAUGGUUUGUAUGCAUGUAAGUGUGAAUGUGUGCUGAGACAUGGGGUGAGAUGUGACGGAGUCCUGGAUUAAUUGCUGCAGAUUGUUUUCCGGUGUGAUUCACUGACCCUCGAGGGAGCAUAUAGAUAAUGUUUCCCUCUGUCACAGAGAGCAGGAAAGUUUAAGUGCACAAUUUAGUUUUUUGACACCAUCUUUGAACCUUGCUUCAUUAUGCAUGGAACAGGAUCUGCUUAUCAGUAAUAGCCAAGGGAGUUGACAAUCAGCGGCCCACAACAUGUCAAGUGGAAUAAUGUCAUAUUAUAAUGUUUGAAGGACUGGCUGCAGAGAGCCACACAUCAUGUACACAGCAGCAGUGAGUCUAGUAAGAGAUCCUGUUGUUUCAUUUGCUGCUUCGGCAUACUAUGUUUCACUUAUAAUUUAUUAUAACUGUUUUUUAAUUACAAUUUAAAAUGCUAAACUGUGUCAUGGCAUUUCUUUUAUAUCAAUACAUUAUAUUUGAACAUUGUAUUAAAGUGCAUUUACUCUAUAACAGGGAAAGAAUAUCCAUCAACUUAUUUUAUAAGCAUUUCCUUUUAAUAUUGAGAGUUUCUCUUUCUGGUGAAGCUGUAGAUAUCUGAGGCCAUGGAGGUUGAUGUUGUAGCACUAUUUUCUGUCUGGGAUUCAAGGAAGUUUGGUAACCUGUAGGUGUUGCAGCUGAAAGUUACACAUGGUAGGUAUUGAGUUGGCCGAUUCAAAGGAAAAAGUCAAUGUUGAUAAAAGAAAAUGUUUUCUUUGUAGA